UUUCGCUCAUCCGUUCCGCCGGCUCAGGGCUCGCAGAGGCGCGCGCAGGAGGACAGUGUUUGGGAAGCCAAGCCACACGCUGCUGCUGUUUCCUCCCCACGAAGAAGAAGAAAAAAAUAAACCCCAAAAACAAAUAGGUGGACGAGGCGUCAGGAGCCGCACCUCCUCGCUCCCGUUCACUUGUCGUGUGGCCGUGUCUCCCAUUGACUCCCUCCUCCCUCCCGUCUUCAGCGGGCAGACUGAGUGCGCCGACACUGGGACCAGUACCUGCUGCCUGUGGAUUAAGUGGGCUUUGAACACCCACCCGGAGCGCUGUUUGCUGUUUCUGGCUGCCGUGGAGCGUCGGGUUCCCCACGGAGCGCGGAGCCGGAGCGUAAAUGGCCAAGAGCGAACCUCUGCAGUAAAGCGCCCGGUGACGGGAGACUGGAUGCCGGAGGAAGCGGAUCACAGAGUGGCCACGCGCGGCGGGGAGACAAGUUGGAUCCCACACGCGCCAGGACACGACCAGAACCUUUGGCUCCUGUUAUUAGCUUCGGAUUCUCUGUCAGGGCGCCGACACCUGGGAAGAAGAGCCCGACAAAUCUCCGCCCGGAGCCUCUCGGUUGAUUUCUGAUCACGCACGUUCUGUAGAGUUCAUUCAUCCAGACCGUCUCCGCGUUCCGCCGCUCAUCCGUCGCCGCUCGCGGCGAGGACGCAGCCCCGCGCGGACGGGCUGAGCCCAGCGGGGGACCCCGCGCGUUCUCCUCGCUAACUUUUUCACCCCGUUUUUCAGCCCCGGCGCGGCGCCGGCGGAGGGAUGGGGCGCGACUGUCUCGCGGCCGCUCCGUGAAACGGCCCGGGAAUAAAGGCGAUCGAACCGGACACGGGAGGGCGGAAAAACGGAGCGGCUCCGCGAUCUCCCGAGCAUAUGGUGCAGCGGGAGGCGGCCAGCUGCUCUCCAGCCAUCCGGAUAAUCACACUACAGCCAGUACAAGUUGCUCCGGUGACGGCGGCGCCUUCGGACGCAUCUUACGCCCCGACGGCGGCUCCGGGGCCAUAAGUCACCGGACCCGUGGAUACAAAGAAGCAGUUGUGUCGAGUUUAAGGAGCCGUGAGCUCAGCAGAGCAGCUGAUCGCCGUUGCUCCACGCGGACGCGCGGAGGGACGCGCAUAAAGGAUGCUCGGCUUCAUAGGGAAGCAUGUGUGACACUUGUUGGUGAGCACCAGACCUCGACAGAGGGGAGCGACGGGAGUCCUCCCGGAGCCGGCAGCGCCGGAGCCGCUUCACGUCUGUCUAAUUAGCAGUCGGGUCACGGGGAGUCUUUUUUCUGGAUUUACUCUCUUGGCUGCUGUGGAAGUUUCCUGCGGAUGUCUGACUCCCACUCACGCACAUCCUACAACAUAAAUCUACACUAUUAACACCACACACACACACACACACACACACACACACACACAUGUUUGCACUGUAAGUAUAAGUCUCUCCAUAGCUGGCAGCUGGGCUCAUCGGGAUGGAGGCUGCGUGGACGGGUGGAGGGCGGUAGCAGCUCCGCACGCCCGCCCCCCCGCAGCUCCUCUGGCCCCGAACGGAUGCUGCUUUUGAUUGAGAAUGCGCUAUCUGGAAACCACUGGACGCUCGCAGCUGCACUUCACUGACAGAAGCACCCGCCGGGCCCGCACCGGGCUGCACAGCUGGAACCGCAGCUGAAAGCAGCCAUUCCACAUCUUUUCUUUUGCUUGUUUUUUUACACCCCCACCCCCCACCCCCCUCCUCAUCUCCAUCCUCUGCCCCCGUCCCAUCGCCAUCAUUUUUUCCAACGGCUCCCUAGGCGCCCCCCGCCGCCCUCCGGGCGCGAUGGAGGGGAGGGGGUCGCUGGAGUGGACCAUGAGCGGGUGCCACUACCCGUCGCCCACGGCGCCGGAGCGCGACCGGCGCUACCAGCACAAGGUGUCUCUGGUGGUGCGCUACUUCAUGAUCCCCUGCAACAUCUGCCUGAUCCUCCUGGCCACGUCCACGCUGGGCUUCGCCGUGCUGCUGUUCCUCAACAACUACAAACCCCCCCACUUCACGCCGGCGCAGCCUGCUGAUGGCUGUAAGGGGAUGCUCUGCGGCUUCGGCGCCGUGUGCGAGCGGGACCCGGCCGACCCGGCCAAGGCCGAGUGCGUUUGCAGGAAAGUGGAUUGUCCGUCCCUGGUGGCCCCCGUGUGCGGCUCCGACUCGUCCACCUACUCCAACGAGUGCGAGCUGGAGAAGGCCCAGUGCAACACACAGCGACGCAUCAAGGUGCUGCGCAAGGGACCCUGCUCUCUGAAGGACCCCUGCUCCGACGUGGCCUGCAGCUACGGCAGCACCUGCGUGCAGUCGUCGGACGGCCUCUCGGCCAAGUGCAUGUGCCCGCUGGGCUGCGACGGCGCGGCCGCGCACGCGGUGUGCGGCAGCGACGGCGAGGACUACCGCAACGCGUGCGAGCUCCACCAGCACGCCUGCAAGAGCCAGCGGAACGUGCGCGUGCAGCACCAAGGCCGCUGCGACCCGUGCAAAGACAGUGAAAACAGUCUGAAUACAAAGUGCCGGGUGGAGCCCGUUACCCGCCAGCCGCUCACCUACGGCCCGCCUGAGACCUGCCCCCCGGAGAGGAAGCCCCUGUGUGCCAGCGACGGCCAGACGUACCCCAACGAGUGCGUCAUGACAGCGACCAGCCUGCAGAAGGGCGUCAAGCUCCGGAAGAUCCACACAGGCCCAUGUGGAGAACCUGAGACCUGCAUGGAGGAGUGUCUGUUCAACGCCGUGUGCGUGGUGGAGCAGCUCAAGGCCCGCUGCUCCUGCGACCCCAUCGACUGCGACGGCGCCUACAAGCCCGUGUGCGGCAGUAACGGCCACACCUACUCCAACGACUGCAUGCGGCACAAGGCCGAGUGCCUGAGCAAGAGCCUCAUCCCCGUCAAGCACCCGGGGCCCUGUGGUCUGGACGCCCCCAGCCCCUGCGUGGGCAAGCGCUGCGAGCACGGCGCCGUGUGCGUGGUGAAGAACGGCGAGCCCGUGUGCGAGUGCCCCGAGGCCUGUCCCCAGGUCAGCGACCCGGUGUGCGGCUCCGACGGCCGCAGCUACGGCAGCCCGUGCGAGAUGCGCGCCAUGGUGUGCGCCCUGCAGAAGGCCAUCCACAUCCAGCACAAAGGCCCCUGCGAUGAGGCUUGUGCCAACUGCUCAUUUGGGGCGAUCUGCGAUGCCCAGACCGGGCUGUGUGUGUGUGCAUCAGAGUGUGUGGAGUCCCACCAGCCUGUGUGUGGCAGCGAUGGCACCACCUACAAUAGCGAGUGUGAACUGCAUGUCCGGGCCUGCAAAGAACAGAUGGACCUCCGAGUCGUCAGCCAAGGAGAGUGCCAAACAUGCGGCGGCACCGUGUGUGCCUGGGGCGCCCAGUGUGUCCAGAACAAGUGUGAGUGCCCGCAGUGCUCGGGCGAGGCUUUGGCCCCGGUCUGCGGCAGCGACGGCACCACCUACAAAAACAAGUGUGAGCUCAGCCUGUCCUCCUGCCUGCAGCGGAAGGGGAUUGAUGUGGCGAAGCCCGGUAGCUGCGACGAAGGGUUUCACGUGGACUGCGGCUCAGGGGGGUCCGGCUCCGGCGUGGAGACUUGCGAGCAGGACCGCUGCAGCAUGUUUGGCGGCGUGUGGGACGAGGACACAGAGGAGGACCGCUGCAUCUGUGACUUCUCCUGUCGAAGCGUGCCUCACAACCCGGUGUGCGGCUCCGAUGGAAAAACCUACAGCAAUGAAUGCGAGCUGAAGAAGGCCAGAUGUGAAAAACAAGAGCACUUGUUGGUUCAGAACCAGGGACCUUGUGCAGCGUAUUCAGGGACGUCCAUCACUGCCCCUGCGCCCCAGCACUGCAGUCAGUCUACGUACGGCUGCUGCUCUGACGGAGCCACGGCCGCCUUAGGAGUGGAGCAAGCCGGAUGUCCCAGUACCUGCCAGUGUAACGCGUACGGCUCCUACAAGAAGACGUGCGACCCCGCCACCGGUCAGUGCUCCUGCAAGCCGGGUGUCGGGGGACUGAAGUGCGACCGCUGCGAGCCGGGCUUCUGGAACUUCCGUGGCAUCGUGACGGAGAACAUGAGCGGCUGCACACCAUGCAACUGCGACGCGACGGGCUCCGUGCGGGACGACUGUGAACAGAUGUCGGGUCUGUGCUCCUGCAAGACGGGAGUGAAGGGCAUGAAGUGCAACGUGUGUCCAGAUGGAAGCAAGAUGGGCAUGAACGGCUGCGACAAAGGUCCUGGGGCUCCAACCUCAUGCAAAGAGUUAGUUUGCAGCUUUGGAGCUUCUUGCAUCGAGGUGAACAGCCAGUCCCACUGCGAGUGUCCUUCGCCCGACUGCGACGAGAAAAACAAAACCAAGGUGUGUGGCUCCGAUGGGGUGACCUAUGCCGACCAGUGCCACCUGAGGACCAUCGCCUGUAGGCAGGACAAGGACGUCACCGUGCAGUACGUUGGACAGUGCACAGAAACCAUCUCUGAGGCGGCCGAGCAACCUACCCUCUACCCCUUCACCACCACCCCCAGCUCAGCCACCACCGCUGCCGCCAUCACCACCGACACCCCCCUGUACAAUAACGUGGUGUUUGCCCUUCCGCCCCCGAGGACCGACGAGACGAAGGCCGCGGAGCCGCCCACGGCCGCCACGCCCUUUCCCACCAUCAUCUACAACCGUACGCCAGCACCCCACCACCGUUCCAUCCACAUCCAGCCUCAGCCACCACAGUCCACCGCCGCCACCGCCUCCUCCCCCCGCAGCAGGCACGCGCCCCCCACUGCCACGGCCCACGAGGGCUCAGGCAGCGGAGAGCCCAGUGGGGACGACCAGACCGAGGAAGAGGAGGAGCCCGAUGAGGAAGAGGGUAGCGGGGUCCCGACGGAGGCCAGCGGCACAGAGGAGCCUGUUGGUCCCACGGUGGCGAGCACCACCGCGCCCACGGCUGAGGACCGAUCGUCAUGCGACAACACGGAGUUCGGCUGCUGCCCCGACGGCAAGACCCCGUCCAGCACUGCAGAGGGCGCCAACUGCCCCCCCACCAUGAAGUUCAGUGGUUCCCUGCAUUUGGACCAGGUGGAGGGCCAGGAGAUCUUCUACACCCCUGAGAUGGACGACCCCAAGUCUGAGCUGUUUGGAGAGACAGCCCGCAGCAUAGAGAACGUUCUCAACGAGUUGUUCAGGAAGUCGCAGGUGCACAAGGACUUCAUGAGCGUUCACGUGCGCAACCUGGCGCCGAGCAACUCCAUCCUGGCGAUCGUGGAGGCCCACUUCAAACCAGAUACAACGUACACGGUGGAAGACAUCCAAGGGUCCCUGCUGAAGCAGCUCAAGGCCUCCAAAGAGACCAGCAUUUCCGUGAAGAAGCCAGAGGACAAGAAUAUUCACUUCACCAAUUACGGCCUCUCCUCCCUCCCCUUCUUCACCACAACUACCACCACGACGGCAAUGGUCACCACAGCCGCUCCCACCACCAUCACCACCACCACCACCACCACCACCACCACCACCACCACCAGGCGGCCGCCAACCUCGCCCUUCAUCACCCGUCGGCCCCCGGGCACCACCCGCAGGCCCUUCAACAGCAGGCGCACCACCACGACCGCGGCGCCGCCCCCCACCACCCACACCCCCACCCCCCGGGCAGCGUUCACCGAGGCACCUGUCACCACCACGCCGCCGCCCCCCGCCACCACCGCCGCCCACGGCAGGGGCACGCUGCACCGCCUGCCGCAGAAGCCGUGCGACUCCCACCCCUGCAUGCACGGCGGCACCUGCGAGGACGACGGCAGCGACUACAGCUGCAGGUGCCCCGCCGGGUGGGGCGGCUCCGUGUGCGAGAAGGUGAUCAAGUACUUCAUCCCGUCAUUCGGGGGCCAGUCCUACUUGGCCUUCGACACCAUGAGCGCCUACCACACGGUCCGCAUCACCAUGGAGUUCAGGGCGUCGGAAAUGACCGGGCUCCUGCUCUACAACGGCCAGGCCGGCAAGAAGGACUUCAUCUCCCUGGCCCUCGUCAACGGCAGAGUGGAGCUCAGGUUCAACACCGGGUCCGGUACCGGCACCGUGGUCAGCGAAGUGCAAAUCAGCCAGGGCCGCUGGCAUCAGCUGGUGGUGAGUCGCAACCGGCGCAACGCCAUGCUCAGCGUGGACAAGGAGCCGCACGUGCAGGGGGAGAGUCCCCGCGGCACCGACGGCCUCAACCUCGACACCAACCUGUUCAUCGGAGGAGUGCCGGCGGACAUGAAACUGGACGUGCGCGACAGGACGGCGGUGGAGACGGGGCUGGUGGGCUGCAUCCGCCUGCUGGAUGUCAACAACGGAGGGUACAAGCUGCAGAGCACUCAGAGCGGGGGCGACAGCCUGUCUGGCAGCGGCGUGGGGGAAUGCGGCAACAACCCCUGCCAGCCAAACCCCUGCAAGAACGGGGGCGCGUGCCAGGUCAAGGAGGCCGAGAUGUUCCACUGCAAGUGCAGCAAAGACUUCUGGGGUCCAACUUGCGCCGACGUCCAGGAUCCGUGCGAGUCGAGCAGGUGUCAUCCCUCGUCGCAGUGCCAGGCCCUGCCCGAGGGAGGCUACAAGUGCGAUUGUCCCAUGGGGCGUGAAGGAAAGCACUGCGAGAAAGUUACUGAGCGUAGAGGAGCUUACAUGCCGCUGUUCAAUGGAGACUCGUACCUGCAGCUCAAGGGGCUCCAUCUCUACGGGCACGAUCUGCGUCAGAAGCUCAGCAUGACAGUGGUCCUCAUGGCGAACGACUCCAACGGCUUGAUCUUCUACAACGGCCAGAAAUCGGACGGAAAGGGAGACUUCAUCUCUCUGUCCCUCAAUAACGGGAUCCUGGAGUUCCGCUACGACCUGGGCAAGGGCCCCGCUAUCAUCAGGAGCAGGGAACCGGUCCAGCAGAACGCGUGGACCACCGUCAACCUGGAGCGCGCCAACCGCAAAGGAGAGAUCACGGUGAACAAGAAGGACGCCGUCCGAGGAGAAGCGCCGAAAUCACGCAAGAACGGCCACGUGGACCUCAACCUGAAGGAGUCGCUCUUUGUUGGCGGCGCUCCCGACUACAGCCGCCUGGCGAGGGUCGCCGCCAUCACAGACGGCUUCAAGGGAACAAUCCAAAAGAUGGUGCUGAUGGGCACGUCCAUCCUGAAAGAGGAGAACGCGCUGCGCUCCACCAACGUGGCCAUGUUCCAGGGCCACCCGUGCUCCCAGGAGCCCUGCCUCAACGGCGGACGCUGCAGCCCGCAGCUGGACUCCUACGAGUGCAUCUGCCUCAGCGCCUUCUCCGGGAAGCAGUGUCAGAACACCAUCUACGAGAAGUCCGCCGGAGAAACCGAGGCCAUCGCCUUUGACGGGAGAACAUUCAUCGAGUACCACAAUGCUGUUACAAAGAGCCAACUGACCAAUGAGAUCCCAGAUCCCGAGUCUCUGGAGAACCCGUCCGAUCAGAGUGAGAAGGCUCUCCUGGUGAACAAGUUCGAGCUGAGCAUCCGGACGGAGGCGACCCACGGACUGGUCCUGUGGAGCGGGAAGGGAGUGGAGCGCUCGGACUACAUCGCUCUGGCCAUCGUGGACGGACACGUCCAGAUGACGUACGACCUGGGCUCCAAGCCCGUGGUGCUGCGCUCCUCGGUGCGCGUCAACACCAACCGCUGGACACGCAUCAAGGCCAGCAGAGCACUUAGAGACGGUUCGCUACAGGUCGGCAACGAGGCCGCGGUGACGGGGUCAUCGCCCUUGGCAGCGACACAGCUGGACACAGACGGAGCACUCUGGUUGGGUGGUCUGGAGGAGCUGGCGGUGGCCCGUCGCCUGCCCAAAGCCUACAGCACCGGCUUCGUGGGCUGCAUCAAGGACGUGGUGGUGGACGGCGUGGAGCUCCAUCUGGUGGAGGACGCCUUAAACAGCCCCAAAAUCUUACAGUGCGCCGCCGCCGCCGAGUAGCCCGGGCGCGACAAAACACUGAGACCCGCGGAAACAUACGACCCCCCCCCCCCCUCCCCUCCACCCCGUCAACCGCUCCCUCCAUCGCGCCCAUGUCUCCUGCUGUAAUUAUUUUCUAUUUUUGUAUACUUUUCAUUGCUUUUUAUAUGAAAAGAACAGAAAAAUCAUAUGUUGAUUUCAUUUGGGUUCCUAUACGUUUUAUUGUUCAUUUCCAGUCUGCACCUCCAUUCACAGAACAAAAGCCUCCUCCUCUUCGCUGCCCCCGGCUCUUUUUUCAUUCCGCUCGGCUUUGUUGUUUUAAAACAAGCGCCGGCGUGGAUAGAAAAGCCUGCUCCUCUUCCUCGCUCAUUACUUGAACAGUGGGGGACCUCGCCGAUGACCCCCGGUUACUGCCUCGUCUUGGUGCCAUAUCUGUCACCCACAUUCCCCCAAGCAUGGCCUACACACGACCUGGUCGUCCCCCCCAUGAGAAGCGGACCCUGUAGCCGAGCUGUGCCGCUCCUCGGCCGUCCACAGACUCUGCAUUCAGCCCUUGUAGCCCGCUGUAUUUUCCUAAUGGGACUUUUCAGAUAUCUGUCAAGCUGCUACAGUGAGAAAGUACACAGUCUGAACCACUCGAUCAACCCUCAUCACACUGCGCCAAAAAAGAGAAAACAGAAAAAAGGAAAACUCUCCACUCAAUCUGAAUCCCAUCAGAGCCUUUAGUUUUGAAAUAUGACUCACUAACAGCGCAAGCCGACAUGAUGGAGAGAGCGCAGCGUUCCACAAUGACUCGCAUAUCAUUAGUCAUGAGUCAAGACAUGAAUCAUAGACAUUAAUAAAUGUUAUAAAUAUAGAGUAUAUAAAUAAUACCUGAGACUGUGAAUAUGUAAGAUGGGUUCUCUUUGGAGAAUUGUGCUUCUCAUGUACUAUUGUGCGUUCUGUUUUACAAUCAGCAGAUGAACUAAUGAUCACCACUAUAAAUGCAUGCACUUCUGCAGUGUUUCUUUAUGAUUCUUUUCCCUUUUCGUUCCAAAAUAACUUCCUAAUUUGAAAAAUGUCAUGUUUUUUUUUCUUCUCUACACGAUUUCAGAACCGUGCGAGGUCAGAUUCAUGUUUGGGUUUUUUUUGCCUGUUCAUUCCCUGUGUAUUUCCUUUGGUCGGUGUGUUUUUCCUUGGGAGCAGUUUAGUUUUGCAGGAUUUUGAAAUGGUGCAAUACGGGAGAAAAUUGUAACCAUAUCUAACCUUAAGGAGGUGACGAGGGCAGAAGACUGAAGAGAAGGAGUGACAGAAUGCAAUCGAGGAGCGAUUGUGUGAUGGGGAGAGGUCCCACUCUGGGGAACGCACUAUCAAACAACAGUCACCACGACAACAAAAGCUUCAAAAUCCGCUGCCUGGGCUCCAAUUUCCUUUUUUGCAUUUCACUUAGAGCAUUCCUGAAGGAGCCUUUUUUUUUGGCUGUUGCGCGAGACUGUGAUGUUGUAACCUUCUGAAGCCAUAACAGCCACACACACACACACACACACACACGCACACACACAAAACGGGGAGAGAAAAACAAUUAUUCCACAGCGCUCGCAAAUUAAGAGAGCGACGCAUGAACGUGCGUCGCUUGUGCAGAUUGGCUGACGUUGAGUGAGCGGAUGCAACACGGAGUCAACUGGGCUGAACCACAAUAAGCUGAGUUGACUGACUUGAAGACGCUCGUUUUGAUAUGAGAACCUUGGCAAUAUUCCAAGCCAAAAUCAUGCCUGUUCGUGGUUGAGUGUCCAACGGUCUUGUACCUUUUUCUUUCUUUCUCUCUCUUCCUUAUUGUGUUGUUUUUUUUUCCAAUCAUCCAUAUUUUUUUGUACAGUCCUGCAAUUUAUACAUGUAAAUUUAGCAAAUGUGUGACGUGUGGAGGUUUGUGUUUAUAGUAAGAUACACUGGAACCACGUCUGACUUGUCUGUUCACCUACACGAUGAUGCGCUUGUUCGACGGGGGGGGCUGUAACUCUGUUGUGUGUAACCGAGCUCUCGAGCGUCGGCGUUUAAAUUCCAGCAUUCGCUCUGUUGACCUCAGACCGGUCGUCCUCCUGCCGCUGUUCUGCGGAUCGGGCCCGUGCGGGACAGGAUCCUGAUCGAGAGCGGCGGAGACGCUCACGGUCUGCGGUUUGAGGGGAAACUUUGAAUUGCCUUAAAAACUGGUCGCCUCAGCUUUGAGCAGGUGACAAAGACAUCAUCCAUAUAAAUGUUUCCUUACUUUAGCCAGUGUAAUAGCCUCAUCCCCUUAAUGUAAAUGAGUAAUACAUAAUAAUAAUGAUAAGUAUAUUAGUAAUAAUGCUCAUACACAAAAAAACCCAGGGGGCCUCUGCAAACAUACCCUCUGGCUUUUUACAAAAAAUCUUCUAUUUACCGUUUUACGAAUCUAUUUUCUGUUUCUUAUUUAUGUCUACAUGUGGAAUACCCUCCAUGUCUGGCCUCUGUAAACUACUGUCUGACUGCGCAAACCUCCUCGAAAGGCAGUGCACCAAGUAAGAGUGGCAUGACCUGAACAUUACUAACUUUAUGACCUUUGUCUUGUGUUCCUACCACCAUGAAAUAAAAUAUCAACCAACCA